AUGUCGGAACCGACGCCUUCCACAUCCACCACUAGAGGCGGCCGCAGCGCGCGAAGCAGAGGUAGCCAUAAGCCAAGAGGCGGGUUUGGAAAAUCUGUCAGAGCCAGAGGUCGCGGCGGACGAGGCAGGCCUGCACAAUUUGGGACUCGGUUAUUACUGGAAGGAGAAACCCCAUUAACUCCAGAAGAAGAAGAGGCAGCCGAGGAAGAGCGGAAGAAAUACUCUCGAAGGCAACUAGGAACAAAUGCAGAUAGGUACAAGGAGGAAGAACCUGAAUUGGACUCUGAUGGGGAACCCAUCCUUGAGCCUGAGGUCGAUAUUACUACGCUUCUUGAGCGGCAGAAACUGGAAGAAGAGAGUGGACCCAUCUACGAGAAGCCAGUGGACGACGAUGAUGUGGAUCACACCAUCGCGCCGACUAUAGGUUCGGGGCGGCAUAUACAGAGUGAUCCUGCACUACGGAAAGGGAAGGUUCAAACGGUCCAGUGGGACGAGGAGUUGGAAGAGCUCAAGAGGGAAAAAGCUGCUUUUGAGGCAACGAGAGAACUCAAAUCGCGAUUCAAGGCGAAGCCGGAUCGUCUGCAGAGCAAGCCAAUUGUGCCGAAGGCGCGGGAUCAGGAAUCUGCGAAAGACUACAUCAACGCACCAGCGUUGCCUACAGAAGUCAAGGCUCCGAAAGGAGAGAAAGAACAAAUGGAAGACUUUCUAGACGACCUGCUCAGCUAG